UUUUUCCGGUGGGGUGGGGGGAUCCCUUCUCCAGCGCGUGUGCGUUUGUGUGUGUGCGCGCGGCCGUCACAGAUUCAUAUUGAAUCUCCACUUUCCUGUUCUUUUUGACCCCUCCUUAAAAGGUUUCCGUUGACUUCUAAGCGGUGUAUGUAUUCAGCCGGAGGGAUCUGUGCGAGCAUAUACGCUGACAGGCUCCGGGCAGAGGGCAUGGGCUCCAACGAGCAGGCCGUGCAGUUUGCUGGCCAGGACUACGAGGCGCUGAAGCAGCAGUGUGUGGAGUCGGGCUGCCUGUUUGAGGACCCUUGCUUCCCAGCUGAGCCUCCAUCUCUGGGCUUCAAGGAGCUUGCACCCUACUCUUCCAAAACCAGAGAUGUGGAGUGGAUGAGACCAACAGAACUGACGAGUGAUCCUCAGUUUAUUGUGGGUGGUGCCACCAGAACAGAUAUCUGUCAGGGAGCUCUUGGGGACUGCUGGCUGCUGGCCGCCAUCGCCUCUCUGACUCUAAAUGAGAAGCUCCUUCAUCGAGUUGUUCCGCAUGGCCAGUCAUUCCAAGACGAUUACGCUGGAGUCUUCCACUUUCAGUUCUGGCAGUUUGGCGAAUGGACGGAUGUCGUGAUUGAUGAUCGAUUGCCUGUCAAAGAUGGGGAGCUCAUGUUUGUUCAUUCCGCUGAGGGCAAUGAAUUCUGGAGUGCUCUGUUGGAGAAGGCCUACGCCAAGUUAAAUGGCUCCUAUGAGGCGUUGUCUGGGGGAAGCACCACUGAAGGGUUUGAGGACUUCACAGGGGGCGUGUCCGAGAUGUACGAGCUCUGUAAGGCUCCUCGAGACCUCUACAGGAUAAUCAGCAAGGCUUUGGAAAGAGGCUCCCUACUGGGAUGCUCUAUUGAUAUCACCAGUGCUUUUGACAUGGAGGCUGUGACAUUCAAGAAGCUGGUGAAGGGCCACGCCUACUCCAUCACCGGACUCAAAGAGGUUGAUUACCGUGGCAGCAUGGUACGUCUUAUCCGAAUACGUAACCCUUGGGGCCAGGUGGAGUGGACCGGUGCCUGGAGUGACAGUUCAUCAGAAUGGGAUGAGCUCGAUCCAUCAGAGAGAGAAGACUUGCAUCUUAACAUGGAAGACGGAGAGUUUUGGAUGUCCUUCAGUGAUUUCUUGAGGCAGUUUUCUCGUCUGGAAAUUUGUAACUUGACUCCAGACGCUCUGAGUGACGACUCUCUCAACCACUGGAACACCAUCAAGUUCUACGGGACCUGGAGGAGAGGCAGCACCGCCGGCGGUUGCAGGAACCACCCCAACACGUUUUGGAUAAACCCUCAGUAUAAGAUCACGCUGCUGGAGGAGGAUGACGAUCCAGAUGAUGACGAGGUGGCAUGCAGUUUUCUAGUAGCCCUCAUGCAGAAGGACCGCCGCAAAUACCGGCGCCACGGUCAGGACAUGCACACCAUCGGCUUUGCUCUCUAUGAGAUCCCAGAAGAGUACAGAGGCUGCCAGAACGUGCAUUUGAAGAAGAAUUUCUUUUUGAGCCAUUCGUCGUGCGCUCGCUCAGAGACCUUCAUCAACCUGCGUGAGGUGAGCACGCGGCUGCGGCUGCCCCCCGGGGAGUACCUGAUCGUGCCCUCCACCUUCGAGCCGAGCAAAGAGGCGGACUUUGUGCUGAGGGUUUUCACUGAAAAGCAGUCGGAGACGGAAGAACUGGAUGAUGAAGUGUCUGCUGAUUUUGGAGAUGAGGAGGAAAUAACCGAGGAUGACAUUGAUGACUCUUUUAAGUCUAUGUUUGCCCAACUAGCAGGAGAUGACAUGGAGAUCUCUAUUCAUGAGCUCAGGACCAUCCUAAACAGAGUCAUCUCCAGGCACAGAGAUCUGAAGACUGAUGGCUUCAGUGUGGAAUCAUGUAGGGCAAUGGUCAACCUGAUGGAUAAAGAUGGCAGUGCACGUUUAGGUCUGGUGGAAUUUCAGAUUCUCUGGAACAAGAUUCGAAAGUGGUUGGGCAUUUUCAGAGAAUUUGAUCUGGAUAAGUCUGGAGCUAUGAGCUCAUAUGAGAUGCGGCUCGCUGUGGAAGGAACAGGCUUCAAACUGAAUAAUAAACUGAACGAGGUUCUGGUGGCCCGGUAUGCAGACAAUGAAAUGAUUGACUUUGAUAACUUCAUCUGUUGCUUGGUCAAGCUUGAAGCCAUGUUUAGAUCUUUCCAGCAGUUUGACAAAGAAGGAUCAGGAGUGGCUGAGAUGAAUCUCACAGAGUGGCUUUACCUGACCAUGUGUGGUUGAGUAAGCCUGACUGUAAAGGAGGAAGAUACAAGUGUAGUGCCUGCAGCUCCAAGAGACGUCCCUGCCCUUUAUGAACCCCACCUCAAUGCAACUAAAAGUAGCUCAAGAGCUGUUUAGCAGGAAACAAACCAAGUGUCUGGGCAGGAAAUAAAAAUCACUGACACCUGUCUAUCAUCGCUGUUGUAAAAAGCAUGUGACUGCAUGAUCAAUCACAAGCUGCAGUUCUUAUAUUUGCAUUAUAGUCAUCAGCAUAAUUUAUUUUAUCACAAAAAUCAGUUAAUGUUGACAUCCAUAAUAUUUAAUAGUGUAUUUAAUGACAAUUUUACUUUUAACAGAUUACAAAUAAUCACCUGUUUGUAGUUUCCUUCUCACACCACAAGGUGGCAACACAGACCCAACCUAACUUUUUAAAUUUAAACCGGAUUUGAAUAUUUUCAUUAUUACAUUUUUAGUUGAAGUGAAGGAAUUGACUUUUAUUGCCUUAUUUUGCACUGAAAACUUUAGAUGCUUGUGCAUUUGCCUCGUUUUAACAUCCCAUAACUUGAAAUUCUUACAGGACACGCAUUAGACCGAAUUAAUCUUCAUAUAAAAAGCCUUACCAGCAGUUUUAAAUAUGUACCUGUAGGAUGUCUUGUUUUGUGAAUGUAUGUUGUGCCUUCAAUAAAUAUUUUCUCUGAAA